GGAGAAAUGGUGACCAAAACAGUGGACCUCCGAUCAGACACAGUCACCAAACCAACUGAAGCAAUGCGAGCUGCAAUGACAGCUUCUGAAGUCGAUGAUGAUGUCUUGGGUAUGGAUCCAACAGCGUAUCGCUUUGAGGCAGAGAUAGCAAGGAUCAUGGGCAAGGAAGCGGCUCUCUUUGUUCCUUCAGGCACAAUGGGUAACCUCAUAAGUGUACUAGUCCACUGUGAGGUUAGAGGAAGUGAAGUCAUUCUUGGAGAUAUAUCCCAUAUUCAUGUUUAUGAGAAUGGAGGAAUUUCAACUAUUGGGAAUGUUCAUUCUAAAACUGUGAAAAAUAAUUCAGAUGGAACGAUGGAUAUUGCUCUGAUUGAAGCUGCUAUAAGGGAUCCUGAAGGGGAGCUUUACUACCCAACUACUAGGCUUAUCUGCUUGGAGAACACACAUGCAAAUUGUGGUGGUAGAUGCAUUUCUGUUGAAUAUACAGACAAAGUAGGAGAGGUUGCUAAAAGGCAUGGGUUGAAGCUUCACAUAGAUGGAGCACGAAUCUUCAAUGCUGCAACUGCACUUGGGGUUCCUGUUAAUAGGCUUGUGCAAGCUGCUGAUUCAGUUUCGGUCUGUCUCUCCAAAGGUCUGGGUGCUCCGGUUGGAUCUGUCAUUGUAGGUUCCAAAAGCUUUAUUGCCAAGGCGAAGAGACUUCGAAAAACCUUGGGUGGAGGAAUGAGGCAGGUUGGUAUCCUGUGUGCUGCUGCUUUUGUUGCAUUGCAAGAGAAUGUCAGUAAGCUAGAGGGUGAUCACAGAAAAACAAAGAUUUUAGCAGAAGGACUGAAUCAAAUCAAAGGGAUAAGAGUGGAUAUGGGUUCAGUAGAGACCAAUAUUAUAUUUUUUGAUGUUUCAGAGGGCUCAAACAUUACAGUAGAAAAGCUGUGCCAGUUCUUGGAAAAACAUGGUAUUCUUGUGAUGCCAACAGGUUCAUCCAGCAUAAGGGUCGUUCUCCAUCACCAAAUCGCAGAAAGUGAUGUUCAGUACACACUGUCCUGCAUUCAGCAAGCUUUUCAACAAUUUGUGGAUACUGGAAAAUGAGAAUGUCGACCCCUUAACCGGAAGAUGAGCCUUAUCUUCUUCCCUCAGAACAACAAUUAUUUUUCGUUCGUGAGCCAAAAAGAUAAUUUGUUGGCUUAAUCAUGUAAUUGAAACUUGUAUAAUUCUGGAACUUUCAUUCUAGCUUUCCUUUGUAAACUCAUCUGUCAAAAAGACAUUUAUUUUACUUUUCCAUU